GUUUCUUUUUGUUAAACAUUUUAGUAUCUUCACAAUGCAAUUGGCAUUCGAAAGUUAUAAAAAAAAAAAAAAAAAAAAACUGCUGCUAGUUGUCGCAUUACCUCUGUUAGGCAAUCAAUAUCGUCGCCAUGACUGGACCUCCGAAUAAGAAGCAGAAGCGGCAAGAUUACCGUCAAGCGCUAAAAGAAAAUGGCACGACAAAUAUGCCUAAGAAGAAAUUCUAUCGCCAGCGCGCACAUGCAAAUCCCUUCUCAGACCACAGGUUAACAUAUCCAGUCAGACCCGAAGCCAUGGAUUGGUCCACGUUCUUUCCAUCAUUUACCGAAGCAGAAACCUCGUCACCAAAGAAGCUCACCAAGGACGUUGAAGUUGUAGACAUAGGAUGCGGGUUUGGUGGUCUACUUGUAGCUUUGUCGCCCGUAAUGCCAGAUACCUUACUCGUAGGCAUGGAGAUCCGAUCGCAAGUAGCAGAAUUCGUUCAAGAUCGAAUCAAAGCCCUCCGCGCGAAGGACGCCGAGCAGAAAUCAUACCAGAACAUUGCUUGCCUGCGCGCAAACACGAUGAAAUUCCUACCCAAUUUCUUUCGAAAGGGCCAAUUAUCGAAGUUAUUCAUCUGUUUCCCCGAUCCGCAUUUCAAGCAGCGUAAACACAAGGCUCGAAUUGUAUCUACUACCCUUAAUUCCGAGUAUGCAUACGCCCUCAGACCGGGUGGGAUUGUAUAUACCAUUACGGACGUGGAGAAUCUUCACGAGUGGAUGGUACAACAUUUUGAGGCCCACCCUUCGUUCGCGAAAGUGCCUGAAGAGGAACAAGAUGCAGAUCCAUGCGUGGCAGUUAUGAGGACAGAAACCGAGGAAGGGAAAAAGGUCGAGAGAAACAAGGGGCAGAAAUUUGUUGCCUUGUUCCGGCGCAUGGAAGAUCCUCAGUGGUGACCACUACUACGACUACAAAUUCUAUGACAAUAUGGCUAGAAUAUCGUUCCAAGUUAAGAGGAAACAAGAUGAGGAGUCUCGUAAAAAGCUCGCGCAGCUACAUACUGCAUUGGAAUAUAAAGAUACCCGGUGAUGACUAUCCUAUAAAGAUUCGGAACUUGCUCUUUUCUGUAACUUGACUGAUGAAAAAUAAGGAGUCUUAUGUUGCUUGGCUUCGAGAGACGAGCCUAUCAUUCAAUGUUGACAAGAAUUUUGUUAUUCAAUGACAAACUCGGGGUCCUGCAUCUAGAAUCGCGUCUAAUUUGAUGGAUGAGGGGCAUUAUUCUACUAAGGUACCUAUUGAUAGGUGCAUAGUACAUGUAUGUACCUAGAUACCUAUCCUUUCUGUACGGAAUACUGCACGUACCGAAGGUUCCGUACGUACCUAGGUAUGUACAUAGGUACUAUAUAUACAUAAAUUCAUGACCCG